AUGGAGGAUUGUGACUAUCUCUACAAAAUCAUCCUGAUUGGAGACAUCAAUGUGGGUAAGACGAGUAUUGUAAAACGGUUCAGGGAUGGCACGUUUGAUGACAACUACAGGACAACAAUAGGUGUUGACUUCGCCAUCAGGACACUAGAUAUAGACAACAAACAAGUUAAGAUGCAGAUUUGGGAUACGUCCGGUCAGGAGAGGUUCCGAUCGAUAACCACAAGUUACUUCCGAAAUGCUCACGGGAUCAUUGUAGUGUAUGACAUCACGAACAAAACGUCGCUGGAGGUUGCUGAACGAUGGCUUAUUGACGUGAAGAGGGUGUGUGGCGACACUCCCGUGAACUUACUAGUUGGUAACAAAUCAGACCUUACAGACAGAAGACAGGUGACAAUACAAGAUAGCCAAACGUUUGCUACAAAACAUGGAAUGAUUGGACCAAUAGAAACAAGCGCGAAGACAUCCGCCAAUAUCAACCAAGCGUUUUACAGUAUAGCACAGAAAUUGGUAGAGGGGAAUGGAGCUACUACCUUUGUAACAUAUAACCAGGAGGAUAGUAUAUUACUCCACCGGACUCCACCCGAGUCCACGUGGUGGUCAUGCUGUGGUUACACGUGAUCUAUCUGACCUUUCACCUUGAUAUUACUAAUUUUGUCUAAGAUAUUCAUGUAAUAAGAAAUCUAAACUUGUAUUCAGACAUACGGCAACAAAAUACGGCAUUUUAAUCAUAGAAAUGUCUGUGAUGUUUAUGUUAAAG